AUGCCUGACUUCAAAGGCGUUGACCUGUCUGGAAAAACUGCAUUGGUCACUGGCUCGUCCAGAGGCAUUGGAUCCGGAAUAGCCCUCCUGCUCGGAAAGCGAGGUGCGAAUGUCGUAGUCAACUACGUGUCGGAUGGAAGCAAGGAGAGAGCAGCCAAAGUUGCCGCCGAGAUCGAACAGGCUGGCUCCAGGGCAGCUAUCUGUCAAGCGGAUGUAAGCAAGAUGGAAGACAUUCCGAAGCUAGUGGAGGCGACUCUGUCCUUGUCUUCCAACAGGAAGAUUGAUAUUUUGGUUCACAACGCCGCACAAGGAUUAGAUGCAGACUUGAAAAAUACCACCCUGCAUUUUUAUAAUAUUCACUUUGAUUGUAACGUCCGCGGACCACUCUUCCUCACGCAGGCCUUUCUACCUCAUCUAGCAAGAGGCGGUAGGAUUGUUUUCGUCUCUUCUGCUGGCGCGCGCAUGGGUGUGCCGCAGCAAACUGUAUACGCGGCUACCAAGGCAGCCAAUGAAUCCUUCGCUCGUGUCUGGGCCAAGGAGCUUGGUCAGGAAUAUGGCGUCACUAUCAACUGCAUUAAUCCCGGCCCAAUAGCUACUGAUCAAUGGUUCCAGAGUGAUGAAAAGUUCCUGCAAGAAAUGCAGCCGUUGAUUGAGUCGACACCAGCCGCUGCUCGGGUUGGCGAGGUCGAUGAUGUCGCGCCUCUGGUAGCAUUUCUUUGUUCAGAAGACGCUAGGUGGACUACAGGCUCGGUUUUGUCUGCUAGUGGUGGCUUGUGUCUCUAUUGA